GCACCAGCUUCAUCUACUCUCCAUUAAAUAUCUACUUUAUACCCACACAUACAACAACAAUACCCUCCCCAUAUCCCGUGACUCGUUCACAACCAGCCAUCCACCAUGUCAAUACGCAGCCCCCGUCCAACCACCCAAAACCUCAGCAUCUCCUCCCGCCGCACCGCCAGCCUGGAAAGCCAAAAGGAACCCCGCAGCCCCAUGCCCCGUACAGCCUCUGCCUUCGAUGUCCCCGCCCAAAGCAUAAAGAAGAUUAGCACACUCGAAGGUCACAUCGUCGCCGCUUCCAGCGAGUUCGUCGGCAGCUUCAUGUUUCUGUUCUUUUCUUUCUCCGGUCAUCUCAUGAUUACCACGCAAGCGAGUGACCGGUCGCUUCAGAAUGGUGGGACGAGUAGUCAGCAGAAUAUCUUUAUUGCGUUGGUAUAUGGGUUCAGUUUGUUAGUUAAUAGUUGGGCUUUCUUUCGGAUUAGUGGUGGGUUGUUUAAUCCAGCGGUUACUUUCGGCAUGGUUGUCGCUGGUCAACUUCCUACUAUCAGAGCGAUCUUCCUCUUCCCGGCACAGCUACUCGGCGCGAUUUGUGCUGCCGCGCUGGUUGAAGCCUUAUUCCCGGGCGACGUUGGUGUCGUCAAUACUUCGCUUUCGGGUGGCACGACAAUCGUCCAGGGCGUGUUCAUCGAGGCGUUUAUGACGGCUGAGCUUGUCUUCGUCGUGCUUAUGCUGGCUGCCGAGAAGAGCAAGUCCACGUACAUCGCCCCCAUCGGAAUCGGGCUGGCGCUGUUUGUGGCGAUGAUGGGUGGCGUGUACUUUACAGGUGCAUCACUCAAUCCUGCCCGUAGCUUUGGCCCAGCUGUCGCUUCCAGGACGUUUAUCGUUUAUCAUUGGAUUUACUGGAUUGGGCCCAUACUUGGGGCUUUGUUCGCUGCGCUGUACUAUCGCUUUGUCAAGUACUUCAACUAUGAGCAGGCGAAUCCUGGUCAGGAUUCUGCGGGAGGUGACUUCAACAGUCAUUGAGGCCAUGCGCUGUACGGGGCCGCAGGUGUCGCGCGGAUGGAGCGAGGCAAAAAAGUCUUUUUCUGAAGUAUACAAAGUUUCAAUAGCCCGGAGUAUGGGGAGUCAUCAUGGGCGGUUUCGCAUGUAUAUUUAGGGGGCGUCAACCGUCUGUUAUGGGCGUUGGGGAUUUAUGUGCAGGUCAUUUUCCUCAUUACAUAUAUUGCAGACAUUAUCUAGAGAAGUAGUUGUAUCUAUAAGAACAUGUACAAAAGC